AUGAUGUCCAGAGGAGAGCGGGACAAUGGGAAAAAUGGCACUGGCUACAAGGAGGACAAUAUUAGAAACAACCGGGACCAGGAUUCAGAGGGAAAAGCACAUAAGAGAUCGGAGACCAUUAACUGUGGUGUGAGCCUAAGGAAGAAGGUGAGCAAAAAUGACGAGAGCGCGGUGCCGUCCGCACGGGCGGAGAAGCCUCCCCUGGAGCAGCUGUACCGGGAGGGCCCGCUGCUGGGGAGCGGCGGCUUCGGCAGCGUUUACGCCGGGACCCGGCUCGCCGACGGCGUCCCGGUGGCCAUCAAGCGAGUGUCCCGGGACCGCGUCUUGGAGUGGGCGCGGCUGCACGACGGCGCCCUUGUGCCCCUGGAGCUGGUGCUGCUCUGGAUGGCGUCGUGGCCCGGCUUCCGCGGCAUCGUGCGGCUCCUGGACUGGUUCGAGCUGCCCGACGGCUUCGCGCUGGUCAUGGAGCGUCCGGAGCGCUGUCAGGACCUCUGGCACCUGCUGCACGCGGGGGGGUUCCUGCCAGAGCCCGUGGCGCGGGCGCUGUUCCGGCAGGUGCUGGGGGCCGUGCGGCACUGCACCAGCCGCGGCGUCCUGCACCGCGACAUCAAGGCCGAGAACGUGCUCGUUGACCUGGCCACCGGCGAGGCGAAGCUCAUCGACUUCGGCUGCGGCACCAUCCUGCAGGACACGUUCUACACCCAGAUGGCCGGAACGCGGGAGUACUACCCACCGGAGUGGAUCCUCUUUGGCCGCUACCAUGGCCAGCCAGCCACCAUCUGGUCCCUGGGCAUCCUGCUCUAUCAGCUGGUGUGCAGGCACCUUCCUUUCAAAAGCAGAGAGGACAUCGUCCAGGGACAGCUCUUCUUCCCGCCCCGGGUGUCUCAAGAGUGCCAGCACCUGAUCAGGUGGUGCUUAUCCAUGGACCCUGCAGACAGGCCAUCCUUGGAUGACCUUUUAGAACAUUCUUGGGACAGGGACUGUGGCCAUGACAAAUACAACGUGGUCAUGUGA